AUUAUUGAUUAUCAUCAUUUAGAUAGAAAAAUAUAAAUACUGAAUAUUGAAUUGAGAUACGAACUUAUUUUAUAAAUAACUACAGAAAGAAAUAAUUCAGAUCUAUAUACAUGAGAAAGAUUUUCAAGUUUCAUCCAGUUUUUGAUAGAAAUUCCUUGACAAGAACCAAAGGAUUCGUCAUGAGAAGCCACAGCAAGCCUCCUACAUGCUGUUUCUGCUGUCAUGUUAAUGCUGGGACAAUUAUCUAUGCUCUUCUGCAUUUGGUGAUUGCUCUCUUCGGAAUCGUAAUUGCCACAUUAGCUCUAAGUGGGCUCAUCAAUUUCGAAAAUGGAAGUUCUCUGCAGUCAACCAUGUUUUCAUACAAUUCUGACCUGACAACAACCCAAACUCUGUGGGUGCUUUUUGUGAAUGGACUUUUCUUCUUACUGAUUGCCACCUCUGCUAUUUAUGGAGUUGUCAAGAAUCGUGCUGGAUUUAUCCUACCUUUCUUUAUUGUACAACUGUUUGAUUUCCUGUGCACCAUGGUUUACAUUGGAAGUGUUGUCUUCUACUGGCCAUCAUUCAAAUACAAGUUGAUGCAAUGCCAACACAUGCCAGAAGGAUGGAAGGAGACUCUGAUGAACAUGGAUGAGCGUUGGUUGGCUUGUAUUGUAUUCCUCUUCCUGUUCGUCGUGAUCUUCAUCAAGUGUUACUUCAUAUCCAUGGUCUACAGAUGUUAUAAACACAUCACAAUGCAGGUGAUCAUGCAACGUCGUGGCCAGAGCGAGAUCAGCGUUGUGUCAAAUGCUCAAGAGAAACCACUUUCCAUUCACAUCUACAAUCCUCCGAAAUAUGACGAUAUCCAGAAGGUGCCUCUGGUGGAUGAUGCAGAAGAAUAUGACAUGGGACCACCACCUUACGAACAAGCUUAAUUCAUUUACAAGAACAUUGACUAAAAGUGUAUCCUCAAAUCCUAUCAAUAAUGGGGCAUGAAUAUAUUGUGUUAUUUUAACCCAACUUGUUCAUGCCCCAUUCCUAUCUGACUUAUUUUGUUGAUACAGACUUCCCCAUAUCAAGCUUGAUCAUUGGCAGUUACGGUAAUUCCAGACAUGGGUGGUUUAUCAAUAAUGUCUUUGAAUACAUGGCCAUUAAAUCACCCACGUCUGACUUUGAUCAAGUUUGAUGAAAUGUAUAUAGUACCAUCAUCGCUCUUUUCGUGGAUAUAUUCUGCCACUUAUUAUAGAUGUGAGGUUGUGUAUUUGAUGUUAAUCACUUCUUUUUCUGUUAAACUUUUUAAAAACAUAAAUAUGUCAUCAGGUCAUGUUUGAUCAAUAAUGAAAUAGAGUUUAUUUUCUAUCCAACCCAACUAUCUUGAUUGUGAUUGCUCUAGUUUGUUUGCCCAAUCCAUGAUUGAUCGAAUGUGAUCUGGUAAUCAUUUAGCACUGAUUUUCUUAUUGUAUAACAUUUUAAUUAGAGCAAAUCCAUUUAAUACUAAUCAUCUGUAAGUUUGGGACUGAAUAUUUUUUGUCCGUCACUAAAUUUAGGUCUACAUGGUCUAGCUAUGAAACAGUGAUUUUGUUGGGUAAGAGUCCCAUUUGGCUAUAAUAUAUCAGUUGAUGAAAAUAGUAUAUUUCGUGUUGCUACAAUUGGCCAAUAUGGCUCAACUUUUACGACUUGAUAGUUUGCUUUUAUUGUUAUGUAUGUAGAAGUCCUUAGUAUUAAUAUAUUUUGAUUUAUUUUAGCUGUUUCAGAAUAUGUGCGAGUUUUAGUAUAAAAGACUUUUGUUUUUUCGUAUGAGUUGGGCAAAACAUAUGUUGUAAUUUGGAAAGAAUGUGGAAUCCUUUAUGGAUAUUAAUGUUUGCUUAUUCGUGUGACUAUUCAUAGAACUGUUAUGGUAUACUGAUCGCUUAUUUAUAGCCGAGAAAAUAAGGUGAAUUUGGUGUAUGUAUGAGAAAAAUGAUAAUUUUUAAUGUCUUUGAUUGAUUCAUUAUUGUCAAUUGGCUCCUGUAUUUUCCUUGUGUGAUUUGCAGCAACGUUUGAAGGAAGCUUUUUUAUUAGAAGGGAAAAAUAACUUUAAUAUGUAUUCAAUACAAUUCUUGAAAGCAUUUCCUAAAAUACGAAUUGAUUCGAUAGCUGAUUGAAGCUUUGGUUUUAAUUACUUGCUUGUGAUGAAACUGAUAAUAUACAUAUUUUCAACUAGUCUUUUAAUGUGUUUUGGAUUUUAUGUUAUUAUUAAACGAAGCAUGCAUCAUUUCAUGAUUAAUUUUAAACAACUUGGGAAAUUGCCUACCAGAAUGAUAUAGUUUUGAUAUGUGCAGUUUACUCUUAUAACCAACCUAUUUUUAUCAACUGUAGAAUGUGCAUUUUAAGUUUAGCUUUGCUUAUGAAUAGAUCCUGCAGAUUUCUAAAACUGAUAAGCUUUUCCUGUCAUGUUUAAGAACGUGUAAAUUUUUUGAUUGUGCACCUCUCUGAAUUAAAUAGAAACACUGAAUUUAACAAAAAAAAAAUCAGAAGCAAUACGGAAUACUAUUAGAUUUUUUAUGUAUCUGUUAUGAUGUUGUAUACAAAAUGGAAAUUGCUUGCUGUUUAAUUAUUUGGAUAAUAAUAAAAGUCUCGUGGUAGUGAUCAUGA